AACAAAUAAAUAGGAAGAAACAGCAGAGACAACGGCCGCAACAACGCAGAGGCCGCGAGCGAAGGAGGGAGGCCUCCGCAGCCGUGUUCAGGGCUCAAAAAAAGAAAACGAAAACCAGCUCGACAACACCGCCGCAGCUUCAGCCCGCUCGCUGGCUCCCCCUUUUCUCGACGUCGAAGUCUCGGGCAUCGGGGACGGUUCCCAUGGAUCUACUAAGUUAUCGCUGAAGACUGUCGUCCCACAACGACGCGAAGCCGUCUCGCCGAGAAAUGUCGGCUAGGGCGACGCGACGACGCGAGGAGUCCAACAACAGCGUCACGACGGCGAAGCAGUGGACCUUCCACGCAGGCCAGCAGCUGGGUGGUGGGGGCGGCGCACAGUCACCCACCAGCCCCACGCUGCCGCCGCAGCAGCCUCCGCAGCAGUCCGUCUCCCCGCCUCCAUACUCAGUGUCCCCGCCGCCCGCCUACCUGCAGUGCCCUAGCCCACCACCGGGACCGCUGCGGUCUCCAGGUGGCUCCAGCAAUGGGUCUGCAUCGUCGUCGUCUGCGUGUGGCGGAGCGAUUGCUGGAGACUCUUUGAGCGUGCCUCUCAGGCUUGGACCUGGCCAGACCCGGGACCCCAACUGGCAGGCGUCGCGAGCCAGCGUGCGGGAGCGCAACGCGGCCAUGUUUCGCAACGAACUCAUGAGCGACGUGCGGUUUCUGGUCGGGCCAAAGGGGCCCCAGCAACAGGUGGUGCCGGCCCACCGGUACGUGCUCGCCACGGGGAGCUCAGUGUUCCACGCCAUGUUCUACGGCGGACUGGCUGCACCGCCUGGUCAGGACAUUGAAAUACCCGACGUAGAGCCGGCUGCCUUCCUCGUUCUCCUCCGGUACCUCUACUGCGAUGAUAUCACACUAGAGGCAGACACCGUGCUUGCCACGCUGUAUGCAGCCAAGAAAUAUCUGGUCCCCCAUCUGGCACGGGCCUGCGUUGCCUACUUGGAGACCAGCCUGACUGCUCGAAAUGCCUGCGUCCUGCUCAGCCAGAGCCGCCUUUUCGAAGAACCAGUGUUGGCACAACGCUGUUGGGAGAUCAUCGAUGCUCAGGCGGCCCUUGCCCUCUCCUCCGAUGGCUUUCCAGAUGUCGAUCGACCCACGCUGGAGGCCGUGCUCUCGCGGGAAUCUCUAAACACCCGCGAGGCAGUCAUCUUCGAUGCGGCCCUUGCUUGGGCUGGCGCCGAGUGCAGUCGGCGAGGCAUAGAACCGACCCCUGAAAACCGGCGCGAAUGCCUCGGGGAAGCGCUGUACCUCGUCCGCUUCCCAUCAAUGUCUCUUCAGGAGUUUGCUGAUGGUGCCGCACAGUCUGGUGUCCUGACCCUCCGCGAGACCGCCGACAUGUUCCUGCACUUCGCGGCGAGCCGCAAGCCCGUUGUGCCGUUCCCGAUUCAACCACGUCUAGGCCUGCCGGCGCGCGUCUGCCGCCGGUUCCAGUCGUGCGCCUAUCGCAGCAACCAAUGGCGCUACCGGGGUCGGUGCGACAGUGUCCAGUUCUGCGCGGACCAGCGCAUCUUCCUGGCCGGAUUUGGCCUGUACGGCUCGAGCAGCGGCGCGUGCGAAUACCGCUCGCGCAUCGAGCUCAAGCGGGGCGGCAAGGCGCUGGCGCAGUGCGACACCCGCUUCCACUCGGACGGGUCGAGCAGCACCUUCCGUGUGUACUUCGACCACCCCGUCCAGAUCGAGGCCGACACGUACUACACCGCCUCGGCCGUGCUCGAAGGCUCGGAGCUCAGCUACUUUGGCCAGGAGGGCAUGAGCGAGGUGUCGGUGGGCAGCGUCACGUUUCAGUUUCAGAGCUCGUCUGAUUCGACCAACGGCACAGGAGUCCAGGGCGGCCAGAUCCCAGAGCUCAUCUUCUAUGGGGCGGCCAAUUCACCGGAACACACCUCGUAGCUAUGGCGGUGGUGGUGUUCAUGGUGCGCGAGGUCAACGAGUGACUCCAUGCCUGUCUGUUUUUUUCCAUGUGUGACCUAAGCGACCAAUGUUUUUGUGCUAAACAAGACUGCCCCACUUUGUUGUAUCCCCACUGAGUGGACAUGGUUUGCGGAGGGCGUACUGCUGAGGAGGAAUGCAAGUGCCCACUUCCUUCCUUCAAAGCGGGCCGAAUCAGCAUGCCCGCAGAACUCAUCCUGCCAAACUCCAAGGUGCUCUCUGGACCAUUGCCCGACAGUGCAACGCCUUUGGCAGCACUCAGAUCAUCUCUCGACUAGAGUUGCACUGUGCUGCAAAACGAGUUUGAUUCAGGGCCCAAUUCUAUACAGAUUCCUUUGUACCUUUUCUUUUUUUCCUGUGUGAAUUUGUGUGUGUUAAAUGUUGUGUUUCACACUAAUGGGCAGCUAAUGACAGACCGAGCCAACAGGUGAGGAGAGGAAACAGACUUUUUCAUUAAGCACAUAAAUUUUUGGACACCAGUACACUUGUACUUGCAAGAUAGUCGAUGAUGCAAUAAUGACACAGAGGAGCAAUUUCGCUUUACUUCACAUAAAGAACCACCUCACAGAACAUUAGAGUGAGCACUUGUUGCCAUUAAAUUCAUCUGGCUGUGAAGCACAGCAGCCAAUGCUCCACUGUUCGUUCUAAUCCAAGACGUGUGGAGGAGCCGCGCCUCUUCCUAGCUGUACUGUUUUCAAUUGUACUUGUCCAAAAAUGUAAUAAUGCCCUAUGUGCAGUUCUCUCCUGCAACAGUGCAAGGUGUUGCAGAAGACUUCUGGCAUUAAGCCGCGCCAUCUUCGACUCUAAAGGUGGCCAUGACCGAGAAGUUUAAGCGUUCCUCCUCGUACUCGGUCUUAAAACAUCUCCGCACAGCGUUUCCUUCACGGAUGCAAUGUAAAAAAAGUGCAGUUGAUUUACAGCAUGUCAUGCCCUAUGGGCGGCUAUGCGGUGAAAGAAUUGUUACGAAUACUGUCUAGCUGAUGCCGUUCUCUCCCAUGCAGCCCGAUGUCGCCGAAGUUUCACCACUUUGCUCGGCAAAACCAGUAUGAGGCGGAAAACGAUAACUGCUCUGCCAUGAGGACGUCGGGCAGUAUUAGUUUUGCUUUUAUCCGGAUACAAAAAACUAUGCAUGAGCCAGUUUCCAAAUGCUCGCGAGGAAAGGGUGAAUGUGGCGGGAAGCUUUUUGGUCAAUGCCCGGGCUGUCCUAAAAGCUUCGUGCAAGCAAUCUGGCAACAGUGGCAUUGUUACGGAGUUUUUUUUAACCGCGCAAAUAUUUAUUCCACAUGCAAGUAGAGUGAAGCAAGUGAGAUUACUAGUACACCUAGCAGGUGUUGGCAUUAAAACUUCGAUGUGCUCUGAAAAAACGUUGCUCCGCUUACGACUUUUAUCCACCGAUUACAUUAAAAGCGCAGCGCUUUAUUUACAUAAACUAACACCCUUGCCCCACCCUCGGAAACGAUUAAAAUGCCCCAGCAACUAAGUAGGUCCUAGAACAGCGCUUGUAGCAACCCAAACAGUCAAAGUAUUCUGUAGAAACACCACACUUGUUACCGCGUCCAGACCGUUUCUAUGUCCACAACGCAAUACCUCGUGCGUUUCGCUUACCUGCGUUCCGUGCUCAAAACGAGCGCCGGCCGUUCUUCUCAACCUGGGCGCACCAUGUUAGUCUCGCGAGGGCCGCAAGACGUCGCAGCUAACCGUGCUUGCGACUCGCACACCGCCUUUUUGCUCACUGCCGCUUGUAUAACCAGUAGUUUUUCGGGUGAUCCGUAAUGAAAUUCGUAGCUAUUUUUCAUAACCUCUUGUAAGCAUACGUACCGAGUAGGCAAUAGCGCAGCUAGGACGCAGGCUUUCUAUGCUAAUGCAUUCAUUCUUUUGUGAUGUCAACUUAAUGAGCAUUGCAUUAAUUUUUCAAUUGUAACGAGUAGCAUGUAGUAGAUAAAGAAAGCCACUGGUAGCAGGAUACAAGGAAACUGAAAGUAAACUACAAAUGGUAACAUCUUUGAGCAUUUACUGGUAUCUUCGAUGGCUAACGAUUCCUUUGCAUUGUCCCAAUGACGCCGAACGAGACAGACUAGCAUAAAUCGAUCACUCCACACAACUGCAGGGGUAACCUUUAAAAAACGUUUUGGGCUCCUUUUUCUCGCGAUAGAGGUGUACAACAAAUACGUUUUUUGCUGUACGUCGUAUCAUAAAGAAAUCGUCUCAUCUCUUCUGGCCCCUCUUCAAAGCACAUCUUGCCCAAAUUUCUGGGGCAUUCCCCAAACACGGGCAUAACAGUCCUCGUAACUAGGUCCUCUAACAUAUCGCAGCAUGUGUUGGUGUGCAAGGUAAGCGGUAGCAGACUGACAUUUGAACCGUCGCCAUCCACUGGAAUGCAAUUGGAUUAUGCAGGAACGUUGUCACCACAUCUUUGUAAGAUAACGCUGGGACUGUCACUGCUUUGACUGUUAAAGGACGCUGGACUGCAUGAAACACAACAGGUGUGCAGUGAAAAAAGAGAGAGAGAAAGGUGGAAUUGCAUGGUGUCUUCAUGCACCUGACAUACUUAUAGAUGUGGGCACUGCAGAUGAUUCAUUCAAACAAGUAUUGUUAUCAUUGGUCUGUUUGGCACUGUUCUCACGCAAGAAAAAAAAAAAACUGCUUUAAACUGCAGAACACCAUUCACCAAACAUCUCUGGCUUGUGAACAGCAACAGUUUUGUACACAAGGUUCAAAACUUAAUUGGCAAACGGGCCACCGCAAGGUAACCAAACUUUGUUUCACUUCACAACACCUCUAGCACGCUUGAGAUAUUUACCUUCUAUGAUUGCUCCCUGAACUUUUUUUCAAAUUGAUUUUACUUUUCAAAGGGGCCCUGCUACACUUUUUGAACGUAGUCUGUAAACGCUGUCGAUAUAUUGUUAAGGCUCCUGUGAACACGCGAGUUGAACGUGAUUGCACUGCGUGCAGCUAAGAACUUCUCACUUUCAUCAGCAGUGGCUCCAACUACGCAUGCAGCAAGCAAAAACGACUAGCAUUCAGCGGUUUCACGAAAGAGCUAAUGCUCUUGUAGGUUGCGUGCUGCAUUGCUUAGAUGUCUCUGUGAGAGUGUCUGAAUGAAAAGUAACAGCCAGUACGGUCAAAAUGGAAAGAAUAAAAAGAAGCUCUAGGACUUGAUGCAAGAUAUGACCCACGCUCCCUUCUGAGGCUGCAGAAACAGUGCCUUUUCUUCACCUGAAUGUUACAUCAGCUAAAAAAGAAGGCACUCUUUUCAUGCAAUAAGUCCACCUUUUACUAGAUAGAUUCCAUGUCUCUCUGUGGCAGGGAUAAUCGUGUGGCCACGAAAGAUUGACAUCAAGCUCGAUGUCUGUCAACUUCGAAAGGUGCUGCAGGGCUCCUUUAAUGUGUGUGGAAACUUGCUCACGGAAAUGUCCACGAAGGUUGUGACCAUCCCUUUUACUAUGCGGUAAAAUGUGGCUUUCGUUGUGCCCAUACGCCGAAAUUUUUGUUUGCACGCGACGGGACGGGUGGCGAAACUGUUGUCCCAAACUCAUUCCCUCACAAAAAGAUGUUGCCUGGGACACCAAUACUGAAUGACAGCUCUCCAGUUCAUCUGUGGGCUGUCUAAGUCGAUGGAAGACUUAUUGUUGAGCGUGAAAAUGCAGUAUUUUUCAAUCGUUUAGUUUUAACAAAGUGAUGAGGUUUGCUCUUCGAUGUUCUAGUUAGUGCUGACAAGAUCAAGAGAGCCACAAAUUGGGCUAUCUGGCGGCUGUUUAUCACUUUUCGUGCUGAACACCAUGAAACGACGACGAAAAACAGAAACAUGUUGACAGUGGAUGGUGCACCUUGUCUGUUGGCAAUGUGUCCCGUCCCCCUUUUCCUACCUCAUUUUGUAGUACGUAGUGCAAGAAGUAACCGUGGCAAUAAAGAAAAGAAAAACCAAGAACAUGAUCCAAAUUCAAGAAGAAUGCUGGAAGGUCACCAUAGCACAGAACGUAAAUAAAGGCAAGGUUAAUUUAACAAGCAGGCCUGACGUGGUUUGACACGCCGCUUUACUUUUCUGGAGCUUAUUGGUGUUGCCUCCUGUGUCAGAAGUUCGUUCACUUGAUAACAGCCCAGCACUUCUGCUUGUAACGAAUACUUCUGACAUUUCGAUAUUUUUUUAUCUAAAGUACAAACUUUUGUGGGUGAUUUUUGCGACUGUGACAUCUGGUGGGAUGUGACUAAAGCACUAGCGCUACAAGCCUGCAAAAUUUUAUUCUUCCUACAGUUUUUUUUUUUUUUUCACGCAACAAAAACGCAUAAAAGAUAGUUCUUGAGAGCACUCGGACGUAGUUCCUUACAGAAGAAAAAUGCCUGAAGGAAUGCGUUGACUUUGACAUGACAGCGUCGUAAGACAAUUCCAUCUUUGCAAUAAAGCUACCAAAUGCUUUUUGAAGAAAACCUUACGAAAAUGCACGAACUACAGUUGUGAUUUGGGUAGUUUUUGCAUUUCUCACUGAUCGUUUUUUUUUUGUAUGUGUGAAAAAGAAGAACCCUGCAAACCCAAGUUCAGUGUGUGAAUUGAUGUAUAGAAAUGAGUGAAGGUUCUCGGUGGACACCAGUGGUUGUCCACGUGUUCCAACUAUGCACCGUUGACUGUUUUCCUCCCGAGUAAGACGCCCGUUGUAACGAAAAGGCCAAGACUGAACCGAGCCGUUCCAACCGAAUGCAAUAAUAAACAGCCCACAAA